CAAUCGCAGUGAACCGAUAACUAUGUAAAAAUCAACAUUGAACAAUAAGUGAAUGUGUGUAUUAAAAAGACAAUAAUAAUUGUCAAAAUGAGUUGUUCCGUGCUGGUAGAAGCUUCAUGUUCCAAUAUAGCUGACGACCUCUAUACCUUCAGAGAAGACCCCGAGUCGCCAGUGUUGACGAAUUCACCAGAGCAACAAUCGGACAGCGCAGGCGCAGGUAGCGGGAAAGCCGCAGCCCCAUGCAAGGUGUGCGGGGACAAGGCAUCGGGCUACCAUUACGGGGUGACAUCCUGCGAGGGGUGCAAGGGCUUUUUCCGUAGAAGCAUCCAGAAACAAAUCGAAUACCGCUGCUUACGCGACGGGAAGUGUCUCGUGAUCAGAUUGAACAGGAACCGGUGUCAAUACUGUCGUUUUAAAAAGUGCCUUGCGGUUGGCAUGAGCAGAGACUCCGUCAGGUACGGGAGAGUGCCUAAGCGUCCAAGAGAAGCCGCCACCACGGAGAACAUGCCAGACCUUGCUAAAAGUUCAGGCACGGAACCGACUCCUCCGCCGGAAGCAGAAGAACCGGACGCUGACACUCUUCAGAAUGAUUUAACAAGAGAACUCGCUAAAGUAGUGAUAACUGCUCAUAGAAAUAACAACACUUAUACAGAUGAAGUGAAAAGAACCUUGCAGCUGAAAAGCAUUCCGGUGAAGCCAGAAAGGACUAAUGGUGAAGGUAGCAGUAGAGAGCCGGUAAUUAGUUCCACAACCGGCUCGAUGGACGCGCUCUCAACUCUGUGGUACAAUGUUGCAUUUCGAAUGACACCUUCAGUGCAGCAAGUAGUGGAAUUUGCGAAACGAAUUCCUGGGUUCAACGUUCUGCCCCAAGAUGAUCAGCUGAUCCUUAUUAAGCUGGGUUUCUUCGAAGUGUGGCUGUCACGAGCCGCAAAACUCUCCAAUGAAGAGAGCAUCAUUUUUGACGAUGGCACCGUUGUCACCCUCGGGCAAUUGGAAAUAAUAUACGACGCGCCGUUUGCGAAUGCCAUGUUGUCUUACGUAAAUCAUAUCAACAAAUUAUUGUUGACGGAUGAUGAAUUAGCCAUGUUCACGGCUAAUCUUCUUAUUUAUCCACAACGGAAUGGGUUAUGCGAUCGUGAGACAAUUACCUCAAUGUGCCGUAACCUUGGCGACGCACUACAAUUAGUGUUGACCGAGGCCGGCGUAGCGGAUGUACCAGCUCGAAUUGAUGCGUUCGCGCUUGCUACUCAAGAAGUUCGAACACUGGGCGCCCGUCACAACGAGUUAUUGUCGUGGUGCCGAGAUCACUGGCAACGUCUGGUCCUGCCAGCUCUGUUCUCUGAAAUCUUCGACAUCCCUAAAGCAGAAGAAGACGAGUCGGCUGCGUCAGAACGCGCUUCAGCUCCUAUAUCCCAAGUGCAGGGAUAGAUUGUAUGCUUAUAGAUGUUAGGUGCCUCAAAUCUUUCGGACCUUGUGAUUUUUACAUUAAGCAUUAGUAAUACUCGAUUUUUAUGAGGCAUCGACCGAACAAUACCAGUACUGUGCACUUAUUAUGUUACAUGUUACGUGCGUUUGUGUUUUUCGCUAUAGUUAAAAUGAAAAUAGUUGCUUUUGACGUAUAAAAUCGUCACUAAUAUGAAAUAUUUCAGGCACUAUUUCCCAAAUACUAUUCUAUAAUAAUCACGGCUUUAUAUUAUAAUGGCCUUCUUAAACAUAUAACCAUGUAAUAUCGGUGUCUAUUAAUCGUAUAUAAUGGAAUAUUGUUGGAACCCACAAACGAAAUAAUUUUUCGAACAGGGUAAAUCCGAGGGAAUUGAGGCAUUGACAUCUUUGGACUUAAGACAGAAAGAUGUAAGACCUAAAGAAAACAGCCAAGCAAAGUUACUAUCAUAAUUCUAUUCAAAGCAUAUUACUUUGAAACACCAACGAUUCGUUCUCAAAGCCAUACAAAACGGUCUUCAUGCGAUUCCAAUUUGCCGCUUUGAGUAAUACGAUCGUUAAAAGUGGGAAUUCUUUGGGUUACUUUUAAAACACCUUCAUCCCUCGUAAGGUUUUGGUGGUGGGUUCAAGCAGGUAGCUUAUAUUAUAGUAUUUAAUAUACGUCAUAAUAUACCCACGUAUUAGUGUUAUUCUAUCGUAGGUUAAACUUGUAGCAUAAAAUUUGGUAUACCUAUACGUACAUUCACAGUUAUGUGUAGUUUUAUCUCCAUAGUAUUGAUCAGUUAUAGAUGAUAGAAAUGAUACAAGGCACGCAUUUAUUUAGAAGGCCUUUAACGCUCUUGAGUUGUAUUUAUAAUUGUCUUUAAAACUUUUUAUUUUUGAGUUCCUAUAAAAUUGGAAAUACUAAUACGGUAUUGUGCCAGAAUAUGUCGACUGUAAUUUUCCUUUUUAUCAUAUUAAGUUCCUUGUGGAUUCAGGGUUAAGUAGGAAUAUAAUUGGCAGUAAUUCGUUAAAUUUAGAGGCCAAUACUUAAUAGCAACUUGGUGGUUCAAUGCUUGUUUUUUUUUAUAUAUUUCAUUUUAUAAUGUUAUUAAAAUUUUUAGUCUCUAGUUAUUGUUCGAUUGAGCUUAGGCAAGAUAUUUUAGUUUAUCAAAAAAUUUUAAUGGUUACCGUACCAUUGGUGUCUUUUUUAUACUUAUAUUUUUUUUUCUCUCAAUAAUUAAUUAUUAUUUGUUAUUUUUUCUUUCAAAAUUAUUACUUAUUAAGUUGUUAUACAAUAAAAGUAUAUUCUUUUAGUUAAAAUUAUUCUUAAAUCGUUUGGGAAGUUGCAAUGAGUUUUUAUUGUUUUUGUUUUUUUUUUCUGUUUCUAAGUAAGUUGUAAGAUUUUUAUCUAUGGGUUUGUUUAAAUAUAAAUUAAGAUAUAUAAAGCGUUUUGUUGUUGAGCAAUUCGCAAUCUGUCUUUCAUUUCAGAGGCAUAUUUUAACAAGUUUUCUGCACAGAUAGUAUGUUUAUCUUAAAUUUGUAUGAUUUUUUUACUUAAUAAGAAAAUUGUAUACACAUACGCCUAUAAGGUUGUAUUUAAAAAAGUAUAUUCGGUUAUACAGGAGUUGUCGCGGUGACAUAAUACAUAUCAAUUCAAUUUUAAAACUUAUUACUUUUAAGGUAUUUCAUGUCACUUGUUUUGCUCAAAUAUAUUGGAAGCAGGAAUUGCGAUCAUUAUUACGAUGAUAAGACGAAAAGCAGGUUUAAAAUUAUGUUUGUUCAAAAACAUAAAUUGUGAUAACAUACAAAUUAUAAAAUACUUACCAAAUAUCAAAAAAUAUAUAAUGAUCACAGGUUCUUUGCUAAUUAACAUUGAGACUAAUUAUUAUAAUUUAAAGAUUUUUUUUUUUCAUUAAAUAGUCAAAUAUUAUAGUUGUCGAUCUGAAGUCAAGUCAUACAUUUGAUCUUCGAUUGUAUCGUCAGCUGGACGCUGGACAUUUAGAAUAAUUUCCAACGAACAUGAGAGACCGACUUGGAAAUCUAUCUCUUUCAUUUUGUUCGGAUAAUUGAAAUAAUUACAAGAAUAUGUUGGUGCUAUAAAACGAGAGACAAGAUAUCAAUCAUUGUCAAAAGAUCUUCGGUUUCAGAAUAUAUUCAAUUAAAUUAAUGUCUUGGUUUUGUACAAUUAUUUUCAUUCAUGUCAAUAUUUUUAAGUUAUUUACUUGUAAAACAUUGGUCCAGUGUUAUAAUUCGGUUAGAUGUAUUCAUUUUUAUGCGCAUUCGCGUACAUUCUAUUUUUCUAGAGAUGAACGAAUUCGAAAUAUGUUUAAAUAUUGAUACCACAUAAUUCGUUUUUCGGUUAGUGUUAAUUUUGUUUUAUACUUUAUUUAGAAAAAAAUAAUAGAAACGCACGAAUUGUAACAAAUGUCAAAUUUCUGCAUGCUGGCAGUGAUUUCAAUCUUUUUCCUACAUUGUUUUAGAUAACUGAGCUGCGUGCUUACAUUUGACAAUUCUAAUAGCGUGGUCCGUAAUUUUGUAAUACGGAAAGGGAACAGUCAGUAUAAUAUGCAUUUACUUUUAAUUAUUUCUCUUAUAAAUCUUAAAGAUAAUUCGAUCGAAUUUGGUUACUGAUUUCCCUUUUAUGUAUUGCGACAUACGAUUAGUUGUAUUUUGUUAAUAUCUUGUAAUUUCACCGCUAUUAAAGAUCUGAUUAGUGUAUGAUUUGCUAAACUUGAAAUAC